AUGUCCAAGCACCUGUCCGUUGUGAACACCGAGUACAGCGGAUUCCACAGCAAAGGACUGGCGCUUCUUCCAGAUGAUGCGCUGGACGAGCAAAAACAUGAAUACGCCAACUUUGAAGAUCUCUACAACAACGUUACCGAUGCCGUGCAUGAGUUGUUGCUGGAAGCACAAGCAAACGCGGCCACUCCAUCGCCGACAACCGUCCAUAACCCGCAGGUGGUCGUCCAGCAGCAGCCGCUCAGCGCACCAAUUCCAACAUUCGAUGACGCCAUAAAACUGUAUCACCUCGAUAAGGCGCUCAUCGGAGAUGCAGCUGGUGUAUUGAAUACCAAGAUCCUUAGUGAAGGGAAUUAUCAACAAGCUUGGGACAUUUUGGAGGAUCGCUACGAAAACAAGCGGGUUCUCAUAGAAACCCACAUCCGUGGUCUGUUUUCACUACGAGACAUGUCAUCGGAGACCCAUAAGGAGCUGAGAGGUCUGCUAACCGAAGUUACUCACCACGUCGAGAGUCUGAAGUUUCUCCAGCAGCAGAUCACUGGCGUUUCGGAGCACAUGAUUGUGUAUCAGAUCGUUUCCGCGCUCGACAAAUCGACCCGCAAAGCCUGGGAAGGGAUCCAGAAAAAAGGACAUCUUCCCAAAUACGAACCAACCAUCGCCUUCCUGAAGUCCAGGUGCCAAAUCCUCGAGAAUUGUGAGGCGGCAUUCCAGACUAGCAAAUCCAUCUCAAAACAGAAGCAAGCUCUUCCACCAUCGAAGAUCCAUCCGCAAAAGAGCCAUGCAGCAUCGACCAGCCCAUCCCAACUGACGAACUUGUGUGAAAUUUGUGGUGGUUCUCACCGCAACCACCAGUGCUCGGCCUUGUCCAACCUUACUCCUGCCCAAAAGAAUGAGAAGAUACGAACUGCUGGAGUCUGCUUCAACUGCUUGCGCAAAGGGCAUCGAUCCAAGGACUGCCCUUCCGACAAAUCGUGCCACAAGUGUCAACGCCGACACCACACGUUGCUCCAUGAUGAUGGGGCACCCCGCUAUGAGAAGAAGUCCAACGUUUCCGCGGAAGCAAUGGCAACCCUAAUAAAAAAUAACCAUAAACGAACGAUAACCCAAAUCAUUGAACUAUUCCACAAAUGGUUUGGAAGCCCGCCUCUGGUUCCGGCUGCUCCGAAUCAACCGAUGUCGGUGCAGACGAUUCCUGCCCCAGUGGAUCCACCAGUGUCAACAACCUGUUCGUCGAAUGUUGUCUCAUUUCCCAAGACGGUACUGUUGCUGACCGCAGUGGUACAUGUCUUGGAUAAAGAUAACCAGCCAUAUCCGUGCCGGGUACUUUUGGACAGCGGCUCCCAAGUCAACUUUGUAACCGAAGAUAUGGUUAACCGCCUAGGCCUCUCAAAGAAACCAGCCAACGUUCCGAUCGUGGGAAUCAACGCCCUACGGUCCCUCGCCCGAGACAAGGUGGUGGUCAGGUUCCAGUCCCGUUUAUCCAAUUUCCACGCAAGCCUCGAGUGUCUGGUUACCCCGAGAGUGACCGGCACGAUCCCUGCAUUGAGAAUAGACAUCACCAAAUGGACGAUCCCUGAAGGGGUAAUCCUAGCUGAUCCCAAGUUCCACAGUCCGGAUAAGGUGGACUUGCUGAUCGGUGGGGAGUUGUUCUUCGAUAUCCUGAAACCUGGUCAGCUGAGCCUAGCCGAAGGUCUUCCACAAUUGCGAGACACUUAUCUGGGGUGGAUCGUAGCAGGUGCCAUCAAUGAUCAGCUCGUGUCAAACGUGUCGCUCCAAUCCAACACAGCCGUUGAAGACAUUGAGCAAAGGAUGCACCGGUUCUGGCAAGUCGAGGAGGUGCCGGACGUUCCCAAGCUGUCGACCGAGGAAGCAGCAUGCGAAGCCCACUUCCUUUCCACCUACCAACGUGACGAAACUGGAAGAUUCAUCGUGAAACUGCCGUUCAAGGACAAUCUUCCCCAAUUGGAUAACUGUCGCAGUCUAGCUUUGAAAAGAUUCCUGAUGUUGGAGAAGCGAUUAAUCCGCAAUCCCGAGCUGCAGGCUCAGUAUGUGAACUUCAUCCGGGAGUACGAAGCUCUCGGCCACUGCACCGAGAUCAACGAGUCUGAAGAUCCACCCCACAAGCAAACCUACUAUUUGCCGCAUCAUGCAGUGUUACGUCCGUCCAGCUCGAGUACGAAAUGUCGAGUCGUGUUCGACGCAAGUGCAAAGUUGUCGCCAUCGGAACUCUCCCUGAACGAUGUACUGCAAGUUGGUCCAGUAGUACAGAACGAUCUGCACCAUAUCGCGCUACGGUUCCGAAAAUUCAAGGUUGCCAUCACCGGAGAAAUCUCUAAAAUGUACCGUCAAAUACUCAAAGCCCUGUUGGAUCGUAGUUUCCUUCGAAUCUUUUGGAGAGAGCACCCAUCGUUACCCCUACGAGUCCUGGAACUCUGUACCGUUACGUACGGUACGGCAUCGGCACCAUAUCAAGCAACCAGGUGUUUGCUGAAGCUCGUCGAAGAGGAUGGUGAGGACUUUCCUGUCGCCGCUCGUAUUGUGAAAGAAGAAACGUACAUGGACGAUGUACUCUCCGGUGCAGACUCGGUGGAGGACGCUAUCGAGGCUCAACAACAGCUGAAGCAGCUCCUUGGCCAAGGAGGUUUUCCCAUACACAAGUGGUGUUCAAAUUCACCGGAAUUCCUAGAGCAUAUUCCCGUGGAGGAUCAAGAAAAAAGGAUCACGUUGGAAGAGCAUGAAGUGAAUGAAGCCAUCAAGGUGCUUGGUUUACUCUGGGAUCCCUCUGCAGACUCGAUACUCAUAGCCUAUCGUCCAAAUCCAACAUUGCAUCCGCAACGGCGUACGAAAAGAACGAUGUACUCCGAGAUCGCCAAGUUUUUUGACCCCCUGGGACUGGUUUCACCGGUCAUUGUUUUGGCGAAGCUUCUAGCGCAGAAAUUGUGGCAGCUUAAGUCCGGGUGGGACGACCCGGUUGACGAAGAAAUCGCACAGCAGUGGCGACAACUCCAAGAUUCCUUGUCGCAUCUUCACGAGAUCGAGAUCCCAAGGCGCGUGACGAUGGACAACGUGGUCGCCUACGAGCUCACGGCUUCUCUGAUGCCUCCAACAAGGCUUAUGGAGCCUGCAUCUUUUUGCGAAGUAUUUUAG